AAAUAAUAGUUGUGUGAUUGUUGUGAUGAUCGUGCUUACAUGAGUUGAUCCCUCCUGUCUGCAUUUAAUAAUUAGAUUUACUUUACAUAGUCAUCUGCGUGUGUUGCCCCAUCAUAUCCGUAUUGCUAUGAAUUGUGGGUAACAAAGUAAAGUCCAGUGAAGUCAUUCAUGCGUGGAUAUAAAGUCCAUACCCUGGAAAUCCACUGAAAAACCACUUAUGGGUCCAUGGAUUGUGAUCUGGACGGACUUCCCAGCGCCUGACACUUUCAGUAAAACACCAGUCUUCCCUUCAAGGAGAGCCGACUCAACACAACUGUUUUCUGCUUCCCUGCAAAACGUCAAAUAUCCUCACCAUGACGACCAAGGCUGCUCAGUCCCAUCAGGAAAGAGGCUACAUGUCCCUGAUGAAAGGGGUGAGAGAGCUAGACCUUAGGGGCACAAGUGUUCCUGGUCACCUAGUUCUGACUGGAGACCAUUCUUUUCCUUUGGUCAUGAACAGUCAUGGCCAGGUGCUGAUGGCUGCCUCCUUCUACGGAUCUGGACGGAUUGUGGUCCUGGGCCAUGAAAGCUACCUGACUGCCUUUCCUGCCCUGGUAGAGAACGCUCUGGUCUGGCUGAGAGGAGAUGGAUCUGAAAACCAGUCUGUGGGGAUCCACAAGAACGUCCAGGGAGUCGCUCAUAAUGUCAGCACACCCCUCUUCCAAACCCGAACUGUGGGAUCCUUCAGCCGUGAUCUGGGGGUUGGUGUGUAUGUGACAGAUGCCUACAGUGUGGGUCCAGAUCAGAAGGACCUGGUGGCAUUUCUGAAAGCUGGAGGAGGAGUGCUGAUAGCCGGGCAGGCGUGGAGCUGGGCUGCAGAUCACCCAAAGGAAAAUACUCUGCUCCAGUUUGUAGGGAAUAAGCUGUCUGGAGUGGCAGGGGUCUACUUCUCUGAACAUCAUGCAGAGGCAGAGUACCUUCCAGUCUAUCCUCAAAUCCCAUCAUCCUGGAUGGUUGUACAAGUUGGUAAGGAUUUUGAAGAGGACUUAGAGUUUUUACUCCAGGGAGUUUCAGAGUUUGACAUCCAGGGUGAAGCUUUGCCUUCUGAGGUUCUGGUCCAUGGCCCACUCGCGUUCCCCAUUGGGACCACCAGUGAUGGACGUGCAUUCCUGGCAGGAGCCUACUAUGGGCGGGGGCGUGUCAUUGUGGUGACACAUGAAGCAUUUCUUAGAAAAGAGGCACUGAGUCAGUUUUGGAUAAAUGCCAUUCACUGGCUGGAUGAAGGCCAGAAUGGUGUUGUUGGCAUUGUACCAGAUAAUGCCCUCCAGGUUCUUAGCAAAUCAGGUUUGAAGUGUGUGAAGACGAGCUUCAGGAAAGACCUGAGUGUAUUUGUGUGUACAGCGUACAGCAGUGAUCAUAUGGAUGAAAUCCAAGAGUUUGUGGCAGAGGGAGGAGGCCUGCUGGUUGGUGGACAUGCCUGGUACUGGGCACAGACACAUCCGGGGAAAAACCCAAUGACAGAUUUCUCGGGGAAUAAGAUCCUUAACAGAAUGGGCUUGAGCAUUUUGGAAGCUACGAUCAGUGGAGGGAUUUACAAGGCCCCUGUCCCAAGCCGGGCCGUCAAAGACACCUACCACUUCCGCCACCUUUUGUAUCGCUUUGCUGGUCAUGUCACCCAAGGCAAAGAGCUUACCAAACAUGAGGAAGAGUGUCUUGGAAAGUUGGGAAAUGAUUGUGCUUGCUUCUUGCACUUGAAGAAUCAUGACUGCUCCUCCUACGCACAGAUGGUUUCUACCCUCACUGAGAUCUUGAAAAAGACAGGAAUGCCUCAGGUGUGUGAAACCUGCCCUGUGAAGACUCCCAGGGACCGUCUCCUCCUCAAUGUGGGGUCAGAAGUGUUUAAGGUUUGCCUGAAUCCUGAUGAGCUCCUGCCCUACCUGAUCAAGAAUAACCCUUUAAUGCCAGUCGUCUAUAACCAACGGAUCAAAGUUAAUGUUAAUACAGCAGGAGGGGAGGAAUGGGUCAGUACAGGUCUCUACCUGUCCCCUGGUAUGAAGACCUACAUGGUCAUACCAGAAGAGAUCGUCAACAAAGGAUGGGAGGUCCAGGUAGGCUGUCAAACAGACAAACUCAAUGCUGAAGAGUUGAAGAGAGCACCAUGUGUCCAUGAGCGUUUUCCCAUUUCAUCAGAGAUGAUGCAUGUGCGAAACCUAUGGGGGGGUCUCAUCUACCUGGUGGCACCACCCAAAACACGAGUGGAGGGAGUGGAGGUCAUAGUGCAAAUAGCUGUACCUGCACCAUAUUAUAAAUCUGGUGUGACAACUGCUGCUGAUUGGUCACUGCUGCGCUCAGCCCCCUCCCCCUGGGCAGAGCUGGAGUUUGAUAACAUCAUCUUUACCGUGCCAUCGGAGUUUGUUCGGGACCUGGACCGUCCUGAUGAGUUGGCAGCACUCUGGAACGACAUCAUGAGGGGCGUCGCCGACCUAGCUGUCAUACCGCAUAAAUUUGCUCGUAAAGAGCGUUUUGUAACUGAUGUGCAGAUUUCUCAUGGUUGGAUGCAUGCAGGGUAUCCUGUCAUGGCACACAGAUCUACAGCUGGAGAACUGGUCAGCAUUAAACAUGCAAAGACUGAAGGUCAUUGGGGCAUCAUCCAUGAGCUAGGACACAACCAGCAGAGGGCCUGCUGGGAGUUCCCAUCACACACCACAGAGUGCACAUGCAACCUGUGGUCAGUGUAUGUACAUGAGGAGGUGCUGGGAAUCAACAGAGCAAAGGCUCAUCCAAACAUGACUUUAGCAAAACGAAACAGUCGUGCAGAGCAGUAUGCCAAGGGGGGCAGGAACCUGAGCAAAUGGAGCAUGUGGGUCGCCCUGGAGACAUACAUGCAGCUCGAGGAUAAAUUUGGCUGGGAUGCUUUCAAGAGGGUGUUUGCUGCCUACCAUGAGAUGAGCAACUUCCCCAAAGACAACAAAGGAAAGAUGAACCUGUACGCUGUGACUUUCUCCCAGGCUGUGGAGAUGAAUCUGAGCGGGUUCUUUAAGUCCUGGGGCUGGCCCAUAGAAAGAGACACUGAAGACAAACUGUCCAAGCUGCCUCCAUGGACGGACCACCCCAUGGUCCAAUAUGACUGAGUUUUACCAAACUGUUGAUUAAAAUGCGGACAGAAAUGCUCGAUGAGCAUCUGGUAAAAUUAGUUUGAGGGGAAUUUCAUUAACUUGCACUUCUUUUGCUUUUCCUUUGGUUAUGGCUUCAUUUCUUUCCUCAGUAUUUAUAAAAAUAAACUGAGUUGAUCAUUUGUUGAAGUUGCUUUUAAUUUCUACUACUACUACUAUUAUUAUUAUUAAGUAGAAAGUAGUUCAAAUGAGUUCACCAUAAUUCAAAAACAAAAUAAACCUAAAAUGUACCAUUUAACAAAUCUACCUAAUGCUUUUAAAAUAUAUUAAAUAUAUUAUAUCUUUGAGCUGCUCAUCUUGCCAAUGCUUAUUUGUUAUGUGUUAGUGAUGGAUUUUUCACAGAUAUUUAUUUUCUUUGGUUCACAGUUUCUUGAAUUUCAGUGAAACAUUGAAGUUUUACCGCAAACUAAGAACAGAUAAUCUCUUGGAAUAAUUCAGUUAAGCUUUUCACAUUGGUUGAUUCCACAAAUGAGUCAAGUUUUCUGUUUUGUAAA